CGUGACUAUCCAUAUUCCCGGUUAAUUGUGACCGCGUUGUAAAUUUUCGAAUUAGGUCUUCUAAUUUCUCAGUGUUCUCUCUCUCUCUCCGACAUCUUCGUUUCUGUUCGAAAUUGCAGUUCUUUCUCUCUCUCUCUCUCUCUCUCUCUCCAAGAUGCCGUCAAUGGCUCCUGGCGGAGCCAAGAACUCCAACCAGAGUAAUAAUCAACUGAACGGUAAAGUAUCCAAUGACGAUCGCAGGGCCGAAUUCUUCGCCAGGAAGCAUAGGAUUGUGCAACAGAGAAAAUCACUACCAAUCGCUUCAGUUGAAAAACGACUUGUGGAGGAGGUCAAGAGUAACAAUAUAUUGAUAAUUGUUGGUGAAACUGGAAGUGGAAAAACAACACAGUUGCCGCAGUUUCUGUUUAAUGCGGGAUUAUGCCAUGAUGGGAAAGUCAUUGGUAUUACACAACCUAGACGUGUCGCAGCUGUUAGUGUUGCAAAACGGGUAGCUGAGGAAUGUGGUGUUCAAUUGGGCCAAAGAGUUGGGUAUUCCAUUAGAUUUGAUGAUACGAUUUCCAGGUCAACAAGGAUUAAAUACAUGACAGAUGGAUUGCUUUUGAGGGAAGCGUUAUUGGACCCAUAUCUCUCUAGAUAUUCAGUUAUUAUUGUUGAUGAGGCUCACGAGAGAACUGUCCACACUGAUGUCUUGCUGGGCUUACUGAAAACUGUACAGAAAGUAAGGUCAGGACCUAUCAAUGAAUGCUCUAAUAUUGACCGUAUGAAGGCUAACAACGGUCUGCUGAUGGAGAAAGAAAAUGAUGCUCAACGUGCUAGUAUUCUCAAGCAGUAUAGGGGCAUAAAGCUGAGUCCAUUGAAGUUAAUCAUCAUGUCUGCUAGUCUGGAUGCACGAGUUUUUUCUGAGUACUUUGGUGGUGCGAGAGCUGUUCAUGUUCAAGGGCGACAGUUUCCUGUGGAUAUACUCUACACUCAUCAUCCUGAGACAGAUUACCUCGAUGCCACUUUAAUAACUUUAUUUCAGAUACAUUUGGAGGAGGGUCCUGGUGAUAUACUUGUAUUCUUGACUGGCCAAGAAGAGAUUGAAUCUGUUGAGAGGCUUGUCCAAGAAAAACUUCGACAGUUGCCAGAAGACAAUCAGAAGGUCAAAGUUUUGUCGAUAUUCUCAUCCCUCCCUUCAGAAAAGCAGAUGCAGGUCUUUAUGCCAGCUCCAACUGGAUUUCGCAAGGUAAUACUGGCAACUAAUAUUGCUGAAACUUCUGUAACAAUACCUGGAAUCAAGUAUGUGAUAGAUCCUGGAUUUGUGAAAGCACGCACCUACUGUGCUCAUACAGGGAUGGAAUCAUUGAUCAUUGUUCCAACCUCAAAAGCACAGGCUCUUCAAAGAAGUGGACGUGCAGGCCGUGAAGUACCCAGAAAAUGCUUCCGCCUCUAUCCUGAGAGUGAAUUUGAGAAACUCAGUGAUUCCACAAUUCCAGAGAUUAGACGGUGCAACCUUUCAAAUGUCAUUUUGCAACUCAAGGCUCUUGGCGUUGAUGAUAUUAUUGGGUUUGACUUCAUGGAAAAACCAUCAAGUGAAGCUGUUGUCAAAUCAUUGGAGUUACUGGUCUUGCUAGGUGCUCUAACAGAGGAAUAUAAAUUGUCAGAUCCUGUUGGGCAUCAAAUGGCCCAGCUACCCUUAGAGCCUAUUUAUUCGAAGGCACUUAUCCUGGCUAGUCAGUUCAAUUGCUUGGAAGAAAUGUUAAUAACUGUUGCAAUGCUCUCAGUGGAAUCUGUAUUUUAUAACCCUCGUGAGAAGUUAGAGGAGGCACGAACUGCAGCGAAGUGCUUCUCAAGUCUAGAGGGAGAUCAUCCGACUUUGAUUGCUGUAUAUCGAGCUUUUGAUGAGUUCUUGGAAAAGAGCAAUCUGGGGAACAGUAGAGAAAAAACUGAAAAAAAUCUUAGAAAAUGGUGCAAGGAAAAUUUCAUCAAUAGCCGUGCCCUAAGGCAUGCUCGUGACAUUCACAGGCAAAUUCAGGGAAAUAUUGAACAAAUGGGUCUAGGUAUUGCAUCUUGUGGAGAUGACAUGCUUCAAUUUCGCCGUUGCCUUGCUGCUGCUUUUUUCCUCAAUGCAGCUUUGAAGCAGCCUGAUGGUACAUACAGGGUUUUGUCAAGUGGUCAGGUGGUGCAGAUCCAUCCUUCUUCUGUAUUUUUCCGGACAAAGCCAGACUGCAUAAUUUUUGAUGAGUUUGUCCGAACUACUCAUAAUUACGUGCGCAAUGUUACUAGAAUUGAUUACUUGUGGUUAGCUGAGCUCGCUCCUCAGUACUAUACCUUGCAAGAGCAGGAGCAGGAGUAGAAUUCACGGCCUUAAUCUUAAGGAUGAUAGGUUGCUGUUUGUUUGGAGGGGACUUGUUGAAUUGCAUUCCAGUACUGGACUCCGAUGGACUGCAAUCUUGAUACAUCCAUUGGGCUAUUGUUGCAAAGAGAGAGCCUGUGAAAGCUUUAUUGAUUUUUAAAAUGUAUUCAAGCUUCGUGUUAUUUGCCUAACGAGCUGAUUUUUUUAAUGAGCCAAAUAUAAGUCAAGUUUGAACUGUUUGGUUUGUUUUGCUUAUAGCAAACCCGGUCUUGCAGGUAGUUGGUCACAUAUUUGAUACACAAUGCCUAAUACUAGCCUAGGGUUGGUCACAUAUUUGAUACGCAAUGCAUAAUACCAGCUUAGAGUUAGGGUUUGGAAUUGUGAUCUUCUUCAUUUCAUAUU